UUUAAAACCGGUAAAAAUGCAGAAUAAAAAAAGAAAAAAUGAUACUGAACCAAAAGUUAAAAUGUCUAAGGCUGGAAAGCAGCGAACAGAAUCAAUAGAGACGUACAAGGAUGCCUUAGCUAGUGUAAUUUCGAAAGGAAAUAUUGAAGAUAACGUUUCUAACUCAAUAACAUUGACGGAAGGAAAUUACACGUAUACGAUUCGGUGUCCAGUAGCGCCAAAAUGCGAUGACUACUACGUCAUCCAACAUUAUAAAACUAGUGUUAUAAAGGACAUUCCGUCACUUGAAAGGUAA